AUGGACCAAAUAGUCGAAUUCUUGCCAGAUGACUUGAACAACGACUUCGCAGAAGAUGAAGAGUUCCAGCAAACAUACGCCAUCAUAGCAUCAAGAUUGGAGGCAUCAAAUGAACAACCAAUGAUCGUGAUUGACACUCCUAUUGUGUCUCAGCCUCAGUUAUCAAUCCCAACACCAAAGUUUGAUGGUCAAUAUGAACAUUGGCCGAAGUUCAAGGCUAUGUUUACCGACAUUAUGAAACGAUCAAAUGUCUCAGAUGCUGUGAAAUUGCACCACCUUAACAACGCCUUGAUAGGCAGCGCUGCAGGCAUUCUUAAUGCAAGCAUCAUCAGUAGCAACAAUUUCACGAGUGCGUGGGAAAUUUUAGAGAGCCGAUAUGAAAAUCCACGCGUUAUCAUCGACAAGCACAUCAGCGGAUUACUGCAUAUGAAGCCUGUGUCCAGAGAAUCGGCAAAAAACCUCCGCGAUUUAAUAGAGAAGUGCAAGUCUCACGUCGACGGUCUUAAACACAUGGGCAAACCGGUGGACGGCACCAGCAACUUGAUCAUCAACCACAUUCUGGUAUCUUGUCUUGACAUCGAAACAAGGAAACUAUGGGAACGCACUCUGAAGGCAGGAGAAUCACCAGAGCUAAAUGCUACAUUGGAGUUCCUACGCAAACAAUGCGAAGUGUUGGAACAUUGUCUUCCCGAAACCACAUCAAAGAGCAGAGUUCCAGCUACCAGGGUGUAUACCACCACCAUUGCUCCACCGACGUACGACUGUCCGAUCUGCAAUGAACACCAUCCAAUUUUCAAAUGCCCCACAUUUCUCGGCUUAUCCACUAUGGCGAAAAGGGGAAAAAUCACCCAGCUUAAACGAUGUCACAACUGUUUUGGCAUAGGACACAUGGCAAACCAAUGCUACUCCAAAGCGACCUGCCGAAUGUGUCGCAAAAAACAUCACACGCUGCUGCACACUGACGAAAUUCCAUCAUCAAACCCGAGCAACACCUCGAAACCAUCGACUUCUGCCGGCAAGCAAUCGAGUUUACCUGCUGUGGCAUUGAACGUGAACAGUGAUUCGAUGACUACCGUGCUAUUGUCUACAGUAUUGCUGCUCAUCACUGAUCAAUAUGGCAGAGAACAUCAAGCUAGGGCCUUACUUGACAGUGGUGCUCAAUCCAACUUCAUAUCUGGCAGGCUGGCCCAACUUUUACGUUUACCUAGUCAAUCGGUAAAUAUUCCCCUGUCGGGCAUUGGUGGCAGCAUAGGAGCAAAUGUUCGUCACAAGGUCCGAGCUACCAUUCGGUCCCGCUGCUCAUCAUACUCAACAUCAGUGGAGUUCUUGAUUCUAUCAAAACCAUCCAUUGAUCUACCAAGAGAAUCCUUCAACAUUCAUAAUUGGAGCAUCCCAAACCAUUGCACCUUAGCGGAUCCCUCGUUCAACACGGCAAGCUGUAUUGACAUCAUCUUGGGAGCUGAGUACUUCUACAACCUUCUCGAAGCUGGACGCAUAUCAUUGGGCGCUGGCUAUCCUACGCUGCAAGCUACCAAAUUUGGAUGGGUAGUAAGUGGAAAUGCAACCGUUUCCAUAACAUCAUCACCAACCAUCUGUGCAGUGGCCACCCAUUCGUCAGGAUUGGAGGACUUAAUGAAACGGUUCUUCGAGAUAGAAGAUUUGAGCAGUUCUUCAAGCUGGAGUAUCGAAGAACAGGCCUGCGAAGCGUUCUACAACCAAACCACAGCACGAGAUGACGAAGGCAAAUACAUCGUACGACUUCCAAGAAAACCUGAGAUGGCUGGCACCUUAGGAGAGUCAAAAUCGAUAGCAUUGCGUCGAUUUUUGGCCAUUGAACGACGUCUGCAAAAAGAACCAGAGACAAAAAAGGCGUACAUCGAAUUCAUGGAUGAGUAUCUUCGGCUGGGCCAUAUGAGUAAAGUAAUGAAUCCCGACGCACCAGAAAGCUAUUAUCUACCGCACCAUCCAGUGUUUAAGGCGGACAGCACCACCACCAAAUGUCGCGUUGUUUUUGACGCAUCGAGCACCACCACAUCGGGAUUGUCAUUAAACGAUACUUUAAUGACUGGGCCUACCAUCCAAGAAGAUGCAUUUUCAAUUCUGUUGCGAUUCAGAACCAGAAUUGUGGCACUCACCGCAGAUGUUGCCAAGAUGUACAGGCAGGUGUGGGUACAUCCGGAAGACCGUGCCCUUCAACGAAUUAUCUGGCGAUCAUCUCCUGACAAGCCCAUCGAAGAAUAUGAAUUGAACACCGUCACCUAUGGGACAGAUUCCGCUCCAUUUUUAGCUGUCAGAUCACUGAAGCAAACUAUCGAUGACCAUGCACAGGAGUUUCCCGUCGCUGCAAAUCGUUUUAAGGACUUCUAUGUUGACGAUUUUGUGUCUGGCGAUAGUACAUCGGAAGCAGCUCAACUCUUGCAGAAUCAAAUGGAGCAUUUGUGCAAGAAAGGUGGAUUCCCUAUUCGUAAAUGGGCAUCCAAUGAACCAGCGGUCCUAUCAGACAUCGAGGAAAAGGAUUUAGCAGCGAGUCCAUUCUCAAGCACCAGCAACGAAGGAGCUUUGGCCACACUUGGACUUGUUUGGGAUCCAUCAUCAGACACCCUACGCUUCAAAAUAAACAUCCCGGAUGCAAGUGGGCCUAUCACCAAGACGAAAGUUCUUUCAUGUAUCGCUCGGAUAUAUGAUCCAUUGGGCAUAGUCGAUCCCGUAAAGGCAACAGCAAAGCAGUUCAUGCAACGAAUCUGGAGUCUAACCAAUGAGAAAUCUCAACCAAUCGGAUGGCACAAGAAACUUCCAGCAUUGAUGCAAAAGGAGUGGGAGCAGUUUCAGUCACAAUUAGACCAAUUGCGGAACCUUGAAAUUCCUCGUGUAGCAGUUGGCAAAGCAUCAUCAAAUCUGCAACUUCACCUGUUCUGUGAUGCCUCCGAAAAGGGGUUGCGCAAAUCCAACAAAUCACCGAAGGUUGCUCGUGGCGCCACAUACCCGGAGUGGAUAAUCCUGCAGACUUAG